CUCAGGUCCCCCGCUCAGUCUGGCUCCUAGCAGAGCCCCUGGGCCGAUGGCUGGUCUGAACGUGUCCCUGUCAUUCUUCUUGGCCACCGUCGCCCUCUGCCAGGCGGCCAGGAGGGCGUCCAAGGCCCUGCUACCCACAGGCAUCUACACCGGCUUCGCCCGGGAGGUGGCCGGCGCCGCCCAGCUGGGGGCUUGCUGCCUGGAGAUGCGAGUGCUGGCGGAGCUGGGCCCCUGGGCCGGGGGCUUCGGGCCCGACCUGCUGCUGACCCUGCUGUUUCUGCUCUUCCUGGUGCACGGGGCCACCUUCGACGGCGCGUCGGCCAACCCCGCGGUGGCCCUGCAGGAGCUGCUCCUGGCCGAGGCCGCGCUGCCGGGCACCCUGCUGAAGCUGGCGGCCCAGGCGCUGGGUGUGCGGGCGGCCUGCUCCGUGACCCGGCUGUACUGGGCCUGGGAGCUCAGCGACCUGCACGUCCUGCAGAACCUCAUGGACGCCCACUGCAGCUCCGCCCUGCGCACGACCGUGCCCCUCGGCGCGCUGGCGGAGGGCGCCUGCGCCUUCUUCUUCCACCUGGGCCUCCUCCGCCUCCGGAGCAGCCGGCCCCUCUACAGGGUGCCGGCCGUGGCCCUGCUGGUCACCGUCAUGGCCUACACAGCGGGGCCCCUCACGUCUGCCUUCUGCAACCCCACCCUGGCUGCCUCCGUCACCUUCCACUGCGAGGGACACACCUUGCUGGAGUACGCCCAGGUGUACUGGCUGGGCCCUCUGACAGGGAUGGUGCUGGCUGUCCUGCUGUACCACGGCCACCUUCCCCGCCUUUUCCAGAGGAACCUGUUGUAUGGUCAGAAGAACAAGUAUCGGGUCCCCAAAGGGAAGCCUGCCAUGGGACCUGAAGACACCCGGACGCCCGCUCAGGCAGGCAGAGGCCGGGAGCCUGGGCGGCGGGGGCCUGCGAGACCGCCGCUGGGCUCCGGCUGAGUGGACGGGCUCCGAGUGAGCUCCGCAGAGGGCCAGGCCGCUGGCUGGACCCGGGGCCUCCCUGGGUAGAGGGGCACCACCACCCCCACCUCCUCCCCCCAAAACUGCUCCUCAAUAAACCGUCCUCAG